AUGCUCUGCAGCAGCGGCGGGGGCCUGUUUGGCAAGCUGUUCGGCGGCGCAAAGGACAAUGACAGUGACGUCCAGCAGCAACAACAGCAACAGCAGCAGCAGCAGCAGCAGGCAGCCCAGCAGGAGCCACAGCAGCGGCGGCAGACCGAGUUCCCGCCCUUCCAAACCGUCAGCAAGGGAGACGUAUAUGACCUGCGGUUCUAUGGGCCGUACCCCGUGGUUGAGAUGGACUACCGGCGCAGAGAAAAUGCGUACCUCACAUUGGGGCAGUACCAGGAUGGCGCCAACGUCGACCGCGUGGCCUUCUCUUUCACGCAACCCGUGGUGAUGACCUACCAUCCUGAUGGCCGGAAGGAGAUGCAGAUGAUGGUGGGGUCGCGGCGCGACGGCAGCGGCGACGGCGGCGCGCCAGUGACGGCGGCGUCGCUGCCCGCGCCCACCGACCCCAGCGUGCGCCUGUCCGUGGCCGGCGGCGAGCUGGCGGCCGUCCUGCGCUUCGCCGGGUACAUCACCCCGCAAACUGCAGAGGCGGCGCGGCAGCAGCUGCUCGCGGCGCUGGAAAAAGAUGGCCUCAAGCUAGCAGAGGCGGAGCAGGGCGGGCUGUUCAGAGUAGCGCAGUAUGGCCAGGUGUACACCCUGGAGGAGCGCGUGAACGAGGUGAUGCUGCGCGUGCAGCUGUGA